CCAUCGCCCCGAAGCCACCUCCUCUGCUUCGCCCGUCUGCCUCUCAAGCCAGAAGGGGAGGAGCUCGUCUAACCGUGCCAGCCCGCGAGCCCGCGCCACGCUGCUCCCUCCAUCUCUCCUUAUCUCUCUCCAUUUUUUUCUCUAAUGCUCUUCCCCUCAUCCCUCUCUGCUUGCUCAACAGGAACCUGUAGGGUCAGCCAUGGAAGCCCAAGCUCAUGCAUGUCAUGCUCGCCUCUGGCCCCCCUUCCCCCUCGCGUGUUCUUCUCCAGGAGGCCCGCAUCGCCCGAAGCCGCGUCGGACGCCAAGGCCCGAGCUCCACCCGCCGGCAAUCCCUACCGCGCCGUCCGUCUUCUCGGUGGGGUUCACCUCAUCUCAUGCCAGGGAGACGAGCGCCCCCUGAUCCCGCCCGCCUGUGGAGAAUCAACGGUGCCCUCGAGCAGGAGCUCGAUUCUGAGCACCUCCCGCCCUGCCUAAACCAGGAAGGGAUCCUCGCCCGCGGAUCCAGCCUCUCCAAGUUCCACCGUUCCAUUCGCGGCCUCCGCACCCACCGUCAUCGCCGGAGCAGCGCCCAGCCUGUCGGUCUCUGAAUCCCCGCUGUAAGCAGUUCAACCAUGCCCAAAAGGCUUCUGUGUUGUCCUAGAUCCAUUCUAUCACGCAUAGGUAAUACAAUGUUAGCGCUAGUUUUUUUUACAUGAACAUGCUGUAGCCGACCUGGUCAACCCACAAAGCUAGCAAGCAGGAGCUCCUUGGUUCAAUCCCUAGCGCUUCCAACUUUUUGUUUUGUGCUCUGGCUGUUUUAGCUCGUGAGCGACUCUGUUGUUUGAUUCAGUUUCAUUUAGAUCAGCUCGAGGGGAUGUGCCAUAGCGUGCCAAGCCCAUCCAAUAACAUUUGUCAAUUGUAGCACGUACCCCAAUUUUGUCAGGUAUUUCCUUUU